AUGGGGCGCCUCACCCCCCGUUCCAAGAAUAACGCGAACAGAGCAGGCACGGAGAACAAGCCUCUGCCCACGGCCCACACAGCGCUCCCUCACCUGAGUCCGCGCCACCCCCAUCCCCUCCUCGCACCCGUGGAGGCACCAGCGGGCCGCACGGGGGAAGCCGCGCCCGCGCUCCUGAGAGCCCUGGGGCCACCCUGGCCGCCGCCCACUGCGCCCAGCGCGAGGGGGGAGCAGCCCUGCCGGGACCUCCCUGCGGUGGCAGCAGAGAAGCCCGCGGGGGCUCCGGGGGUCCGCGGGAGCCGCGCCCCCCUCACUGCCAGCUCCGGUGUCCUCACGGUCCCUAGACGCAGGCUUCUCCUCCGGAAGAACCUCUUUAAAACGGCCUGUCCGUGUCUGAGCCACACACCUGGGACAACGUCAGAAACGCUGACAGCAACGACCUCAGCAGAUAAAACGUCACCCCCACCUAGCACGGGCAAUACAUCUCCGAUGAUCGCACCACCAACCUCAACAGACCCCACAGCAGAAAACACAAAAGACACAUCACUACCUGUAACAAGUAUCACCCGGGUGGCCUCAACAGUCUCCAUGACACCUGGAUUAGAUAAACAAUCAACUUUAUCCUCUUCCACCACUUCUACCGAGCAAACCUCAGCAUCCUCUCAGGACCACCAGACUCAGAGCAUGGAAACCACCCGAGAAACUCAAACCAGCAUCAUCACACAGAUGAUCGUACCACCAACUUCAACAGACCCCACAACAGAAAACACAAAAGACACAUCACUACCUGUAACAAGUAUCACCCCGGUGGCCGCAACAGUCUCCAUGACAACUGGAUUAGAUAAACAGUCAACUUUAUCCUCUUCCACCACUUCUACCGAGCAAACCUCAGCAUCCUCUCAGGACCACCAGACUCAGAGCAUGGAAACCACCCGAGAAACUCAAACCAGCAUCAUCACACAGAUUAUCGCAUCACCAACUUCAACAGACCCCACAACAGAAAACAGAAAAGACACAUCACUACCUGUAACAAGUAUCACCCCACUGGCCUCAACAGUCUCCAUGACAACUGGAUUAGAUAAACAAUCAACUUUAUCCUCUUCCACCACUUCUGCCGAGCAAACCUCAGCAUCCUCUCAGGACCACCAGACUCAGAGCAUGGAAACCACCCGAGAAACUCAAACCAGCAUCAUCACACAGAUGAUCGCACCACCAACUUCAACAGACCCCACAACAGAAAACAGAAAAGACACAUCACUACCUGUAACAAGUAUCACCCCGGUGGCCGCAACAGUCUCCAUGACAACUGGAUUAGAUAAACAAUCAACUUUAUCCUCUUCCACCACUUCUACCGAGCAAACCUCAGCAUCCUCUCAGGACCACCAGACUCAGAGCAUGGAAACCACCCGAGAAACUCAAACCAGCAUCAUCACACAGGUGACCACAUCAACUCCCUCAUCACCCCCAAGUGCACACAAAUCUACAGAGGGUGUUUCUCAGGAGACAUCCCCUUCAAGUGAAACAACCUCCUCUUCACCAUCCAGUCUGAGCCACACACCUGGGACAACCACGGGCAAUACAUCUCCGGUGACAUCAAAGAUGAUCGUACCACCAACUUCAACAGACCCCACAACAGAAAACACAAAAGACACAUCACUACCUGUAACAAGUAUCACCCCGGUGGCCGCAACAGUCUCCAUGACAACUGGAUUAGAUAAACAGUCAACUUUAUCCUCUUCCACCACUUCUACCGAGCAAACCUCAGCAUCCUCUCAGGACCACCAGACUCAGAGCAUGGAAACCACCCGAGAAACUCAAACCAGCAUCAUCACAGAGUUCCAGCAUUACACCUCUCAAGACAACAGAAUUAUUCACAGCACCAACUUCAACGGACACCACUGGGUCAUUCACCCCGUGGGUUCUGGCAAUAACUCGCUGACAAACACAGCGCGCGUGCCUACUUCCUCGUCGGGCGAGUCAGGCGCACCCACCCCCGAGCAUCCUGUUACAAGGCCCACAUACGUGGCUCCUGCGAGUGGUGGCAACAGCGCGGCUGGCUCCACACGGGCUUCGCCGAGCCCACCGACAAGCCGCCUUUCCAUCAGGACCUCCCCUGAUACGCCUUUAGCAGGCCGGGCCACGGCGCUGUGCGUUCCCAGCUCCUCUCCACCAUCCGCGGCACCGUCCAGCCCCGCAGGGAAGACUGAGACCCCGGGGAGGUGGGGCUUCGGGGUCUCGGUCUCUGGCAGCGGCCCAGCUGGCUCGGCGCCUUGCCCGUGCUUGGGAAGGGACGGCGCGCGAGCCCUGCCGGGCUGGAGGGCAGGCGCGCGAGGAGGAACCACCGCCGCCUCGCAGACGGAGAACGCGGGAAGGACAGCUGCACCGCUGCCCGCGGCAGCCUCCCAGGCGCUCACCGCCCCCGCCGCCCGCACGUCCACGGGCGCCCGCGGGUCCGCUGCCCCGGCCCCUACCGAGCCCGAGAGAGGUGCUUCCCUCUUCUCCUACGGCCCGCGUGCUGGGGACCAGGAGUUUGUCAAGAGGACCGUGGACUUCACCUCGCCGCUCUUCAAGCCCCGCAUUGGCUUCCCGCUCGGCUCCUCUCUCCGGGAUUCCCUCUACUUCACAGAUAAUGGCCAAAUCAUUUUUCCGGAGUCAGAGUACCAGAUUUUCUCCUACCCCAACCCUCCCCUUGGAGGCUUUACAGCCUGGGAUCCUGUGGCCCUGGUGGCUCCGUUCUGGGACGAUGCUGAUUUCUCCAGCAGCCGGGGAACCAUAUUUUACCAGGAAUACGAGACUCUCUCUGAUGAAUACAGCCUGCUAGUGAGGGAGGUGGAAGCCAGUAUUAAAACCUUCACAGACACCUGGAACUACAAAGCCAGGUGGACGCUGAAGGUCACGUGGGUCCGUGCCCCCUCCUAUCCUGCCUGGGGGACCGUCGGGGCCAACACCUACCAGGCCAUCCUUUCCACGGACGGGAGCAGGUCCUACGCCCUGUUUCUCUACCAAAGCGGUGGCAUGCAGUGGGAUGUGACCCGGCGCCCAGGCAACCCCGUCCUCAUGGGCUUCUCCAGUGGAGAUGGGUAUUUCCAAAACAGCCCACUGACAUUCCAGCCAGUGUGGGAGAAGUACCGUCCAGACCAGUUCCUGGAUUCCAAGUCAGGCCUCCGGGGGCUGCAGAUCUACAAGCUGCACAGGGAAGAAAAGCCCAACUACCGCCUCCAGUGCCUGCAGUGGUUGAAGAGACAGUCUCAGCAGCCCAGCUGGGGCUGGAGCCACACCCCCUGCCCUUGCUCCUGGAAUCAGGGACAAUGGGACUUAAGAUUCCAGGCCACCAACAUAGGCUGGGGGGGCCCCGGCAGCCGGCAGCUCUGCAGCUUCUCCUCCUGGCGUGGGGGCGUGUGCUGCCGCUACGGACCGUGGGGCGAGCUCCUGCAAGGCUGGAGAGUGCAGAGUCCGUGGCAGUUUGACCAGGAACUGGAGCCGCAGAACUGGUGCUGCCGAUUCAAUGACAAUCCCUCCCUCUGCGCCCUGUACCAGAUGAGGCGGCCCCGCGUCAGCUGCGCUGGGUACCAGCCCCCGAGGCCCGCCUGGAUGUUCGGGGACCCCCACAUCGUCACCUUGGAUGGUGCCAAUUACACCUUCAACGGCCUGGGAGACUUCCUGCUGGUCCGGACCCAGGACAGAAACUCCUCCUUCCUGCUGCAGGGCCGCACUGCCCAGACCGGCGUGGCACGGGCCACCAGCUUCAUUGCCUUUGCCGCUGAGUACCGCUCCAGCAGCCUGGACCCCAUCACAGUGCAGUGGCUCCUGCAGCCCAACGACACGGUGCACGUGCGGCUCGGUCAGCGCUCGGUGACGUUCGCGAGCAACCGCGAAGGCGCGGACGGCCAGGAGACGGUCAACGCGUCGGGGGUCGUGCUGACCCGCGCGGGCUCCGAGGUGUCGGCCGCCUUCGACGGGGCGGUGACCGUCUCCGUGGUCGCGCUCUCCGGCGUCCUGCACGCCUCCUGCAGCCUCCCGCAGGCCUACCGGGGCCGCACCGAGGGCCUCCUGGGCUUCUGGAACGGCAGGCCGGACGACGACUUCAGGAUGCCCGACGGCUCCACCCUUGACCCGGCGAGCUCCGAGGAGACGCUUUUCCGCUUUGGGAUGGCCUGGGAAAUCAACGGAACACGCCUUUUUGGCAAGAGGGAUGACCAUUUGCCUUCCAACUUCACUCCUGUCUUCCGUUCACAACUGUCGAGAAACACAUCUUCGGAUGCAAAUUUGACCUCCGAGUGUCACGGAGAUGAGCGCUGUGUCUUCGAUGCCCUGGCCACGGGGAGCAAACGCCUGGGGCUGCACACUGGGAUGCUCUUUCGAAGAUACCAGAGGAGGAACACCACCCUGAAUGAGUACCCACCCUCUGUCGAGGGUCCUGAUGUGGUGAAAGCCUACAUGGGACAGGCCAGGCGGGUCCGUUACACCAGCAGCGCUAAGGACGUCACGUUCACUCUCAGAAACAGCUGCGCUGACUUCACGCUCUUUGAGAACGGGACGUUGCUGUGGACCCCAAAGUUGCUGGAACCAUGUACUCUGGAGAUUCUAGCAAGAAGUGCCAAGGACAACUUGUCAUCUGUACUCCAGCCAAGGACGGUGGUCUGUGCGUGCAGGGCAGAAAGCCAGUGUUUGUACAACCAGACCCGCAGGGUGGGCAGCUCCUCCCUGGAGGUGGCCGACUGCACGUGCGACGGGGACACCUACGGCCGCUACUGCAACCGCUCCAAGGACCCGUGUGACGAGCCGUGCUUCCCACAUGUGACGUGCGUUCCCGGGAAGGGCUGUGAGGCCUGCCCCCCGAGCCUGACUGGGGACGGACGUCACUGCGCACCUCUGGGGAGCCCUUCCCUCUGCGGCAGCAGGGCCUGCCCUGCGGGUUACUGCUACAACAGCGGCCGCUGCCACGUGGCCGGGCCUCCGGCCUGCCGGCCCCGCUGCACCUGCCCGCCGGCCUUCACGGACGGCCGCUGCUUCCUGGCCGGGAACGACUUCCCUCCCUCUGUCCGCCCGGAGCUUCCCUUAAGGAUCAUCCAGCUCUCUCUCAGCGAGGACGAAAAUGCCUCCCAGGCAGAGGUCAACGCCUCGGUGGCCCACAGACUGAGGAACCUGGACGUGCAGGCCUUUCUCUGGAACAGACGAGUGGAUCGAGCUGAACCCCCAGCAGCCCUGGCCUCAGGGGGCUCCCUUCACCGCUGGAACGUCAUCUCGGAGUUCCAGUAUCGCGCUGGGGGCCCUGCCGUCGACUUCCUGAACAACCGGCUGCUGGACGCCGUGGUGGAGGCGUUCUUACCCCGGGCUCCGUGGAGGGGCAGGAAGAGCAGCGCGGGGCCCAGGAACGAUGUGACCUUCCACCCCGUCUCCAGGAGGGACGUGUACAGCGUGAAGGCUCUGAAUUUGAGCAUGCUGGAAACUUACCUCCAAUGCAGCGGCUACGAGGGCUACCACCUGGUCUUCAGCCCCCAGAGCGGCUUCACCUGCGUGUCCCCCUGCAGCCAGGGCUACUGUGAGCACGGAGGCCAGUGCCAGCACCUGCCCGAUGGGCCCCGCUGCAGCUGCGAGCCCUUCUCCAUCUACGCCCCCUGGGGUCCGCGCUGCGAGCGCCUGAGCCUGAGGCUCGGCGCCUUCUUCGGGAUCCUCUUCGGGGCCCUGGGCGCGCUGCUGCUGCUGGGGGUCGUGGGGUGUGUGGUCCUGCGCUUCUGGGGCUCCCCCCGGACCCGCUUCUCCUACCCGCUGGCCUCCGACCGCUGAGGCCUCGCCCGGACGCGCGGCGGCGGCCCAGGACACCCGGGGACCCCCCCAGCCCCGCCUGCGCACGCUUCCAGGCGUCGCGGUUCCAGCACCCUGGAGACGGUCAGGGGACGGAUGGCGAUCGGGCUGCUUCAAGAGGAAGGACUAAUGACACUGACCCGCAGACGCGGGCGGUGCGCACACCAGCGCAGGUGGGGGGAUGCCUCUGAAUUAAAAACCGAAAUACA